AUGGCAAGUCCUGCAGCUUUCCACUUUGUUAUCUCCCCAGAGCCACCCCUGGCUUCCCCGUCCCUGUUGGAAGCUGAAAUGGCAUCUAACUGGUGGUGUUAUUGCGUCCAUGGCUCGAAGGUGGACAGGGUACCCAACCCCUUGGAGAAUCCUAGCAUCCUGUGUGCUGAAUACCAUGAAGAGGAGAAAAAUGGCUGUUGGCCUCUGGAUGAGCAGAGGCAGCCCCUUAUCUCCUAUAUGGAGGAUCAGCUCAAGUGGGACUUUCUGGCUUCCCAUACAAAGACAGUAACCCAUGGCGUUGGCAGAGGUGCACGGUGCCAGGGACAUAAGUUUGCAUGGCCUCUAGUGAGCUCAGUGAUUCUAACAGACACUCAUUGUGUGCCCAGGCAUGGCUCCAUAGCGUCCCGUCUACAGGUUAAACUGGGUAGAACACGCUUCGGUACCCCGGGCCAGGUGUCAAGGCUGGUCAGCAGCAUUCAUUACACCAAGGGAUCACCCCUAGUCCUACUGAAGCUAGAGACUAGGGUAGAAAUUUCAGCUUCUGCUCUGCCAGUCUGUCUCAAUUCUGGGCCAGUUUCAACAAAUAUGAACUGUUGGAUGAUAGGCUGGAAAGAUACUGUAAACCGAGUCCCCCAGGCAGUACCCGUGUUCAUCUGGACCCGAAAAAAGUGCCCCGCCCUCAACAAGCGCACCCUACCUCUGGGAACCAUCUGUGCACUACAAGGCAGGAAAAGAAUACAAAGAUAUGAGGUUGACCCGGGCUCAUCUCUCAUGUGCAAACGAGGACCUGACUCCUGGGUCCUGAUGGGCAUUUCAAUAAGGGGAAGCCAAAAACUGUUUGCCCCAGUGGCGACCCAACAGUCUUGGAUCUCUCGGACUGUGUGGGAUGCACCCUUUGUGUAAUUCAGCCAGUGACUCCAGACCUUGAACAGAUCCAGAAGCAGAGCCUGAACUGUUCUUCUACUGCACAGGGGGAGAGGUUGAAACGUCCCUCUUUCUCUAUAAAUCAGUCUCAAAUGGCUGCCUAUGGAAUGCACCCAAACCAGUUCCAUGCUGGGAACCUCGAAAGCUUCAAGAAGGGUGACAAUGGUGAUGACAAACUGGUGUCUAAUUGGACUUGCAUUCCAAGUGGUGAUAAUUUGAGCCAAAGAAUCCUGGGGGUGGAAUGAAUAUGUUCAAUAAACACAGUGCUAACAUU